UGCAGAAGUACGUCUCUAUGAGAGAAGCUGCGAGACGUGAUGACUCAUCUUCUUCGUAACUCGUCUAGUAGAUGACAGCAACAAAAAAAACGUCGUAUCAUCGUUUCAGCAUCUUCGUAAAUGGUGGUCCAAAGAACCCAUUUAUCGCAACCGCACCAGGUAUGGCUCUGUAACGUUUACGUUGCUAGUACUAGAUAAAUAAAAAAUACGUAGCAUAGAAGAAGUUGUUGCCAUUGCCUUCGCUCUUUGUCUACUUUGCGCUCAACAACAUUGAGGUUUACAAAUUUUCCAUCUACCUCUCAUUGGUGCCACCAGGUUUUUUUUUUCUCACUACAAUACAAAAGGGGACGAUAACCUAGUUGGUUCUAGAGUGGGGACGUUGAGAAAAUGGCGUCGGGUAAUCCAGAUUUUAACUAUCUGGAUAUCGUCGCAGAGAGGAGUAAAAACGUACUUCUGGUGCGGGAUAACGUUGGCAAGGCAAAGCCAAGCAUCUACGACAUUCCCCAGGAAAUAACGUUUGGCGUCGCGCCGGUAGCUGAUCAGGAGGGAGCAAAGGAAAUUGUCAACGUUUGGAAGCCGCACGUACUGAUACUGAAAUUUUUAUGCUUCCUGGAAAAAAAGGAAAUUGAAAUUCUAUUCUAGCCCCUUGCCCUUUUCUCGUCUUGUAGUUUACAACAGUACUUCUACAACAGCCACAGGCUGUUGUCAACAGCAGCAUCAAGUUAGUGGUAGGUAUGGAUUGGGCUGGGUUCAAAAAUUUUGAUUCGGUGAGCAUGAUGUUGACGACAUGCGACAUUUCUUCGUUUCUUGUGCACCAGCCUGACACUGACUUCUGGAAAUCUGAAUUUCCAAAAAAUAAAAAAACAGCAACCCUCCAUCCAAGACAACGACAAUCGAGUAAAUUACUUGAAGUGGAACCGAUUCACCGCCGCGCAAAAGGCCGUCAGACACCCAUCCGUACCAAAACUCAAGAAGCUCAUAGGAGAGGCGGAUGAGGAGGGUAAGCAAAAGAGCUUUCUUUGUGUCCCCCGGGCUUGCUGUUAUUUUGCAUCUUUGUUGGUCCCCUUCGCAAUUUUUAAUGAGUCAAAAUUGCGGCUGUCCAACACCUGUGUAUGUCUAUGUGAUGAAAAUAGAAAUAAACCACACUUUGCUCAGAUGAAAAAGCCAACACGUUUUCCGACUUGGACCUGGCUAAGGAUGAUCUGGACAGAAGGGCACAGAAAAUCAUGAAGUGGAAGCUCGACCAGCGAAAAAUCACGGUGAUGCCACAAACCGACAAGGAAAAGCUCUACCACACCUACGCAAAGAAGGACAAAACGUCCUACACCAAGGCCGAAAUCAUCGCCAGCAAGGGUACACGACACUCUGUACUAUAAUGAGAUUGAGCAUUUUACUUGUGCCAAGCCCCAAUAUUUGUAUAUUGAAACCAAAUUUAUUAUGUGGUCAUGACAUUGUUCUUUUUGUUUUUCUUCAUCCGACUUCUAUGCUGCGUGCUGCAUUGCAGAGUAGAACUAGAACAAGAAAAUAUAAAUGACACCAACGACCAUGAUAUCAGCAUCUGCCGCUGCGUACAGAAGUAAAUCAGUUCCGCAGGACGGCAGCAUAACGCAUGGAAAGCGAAAAACCGAGAGACCACCAACGCCCAUGGAGAUGGUAAUCGUUUUACCAGCGAAGCUAGUGCCGGUCUAGUGCCUUGGUCUUUGAAUUUUUCUUUUCUUGUGACAAACGCCACUGAUUAAUUUCUACGCUGAGUAGUUUGAUACUCUAUCGCUUCGUGCUUUGCGAGAUAAAAAAUCGCUUCUGUUUUGCAAAAAAUUUAGGUCCUCGGAAUGGAAUUCGCGAAAAUUGGUGCCCGGGAGAGCAGACAAAAGUUUGACGAGUACCAGCAGGCCAAAAGGGAUGCUGCAUCUGUCAAGCACUCGGGGCCGACCAAGUACAUACUAGAGAGCGCUUUCGCUGUCGAGCUGUUUGAGAUGAACUUAGUCGAAUGCAGAAGUUGAUCAAUGAACUUCGAUCUGUUCUUUCACAACCGUCCCAAUCAAAACCAGAAGCAUAGGAAAACCAGAAAAUAUGUUUACCUUCAACUAUCUACUUCAAACUAACAGGGCGUCUCUGGGGCACGCAACCGGCGCACUCAACGCCAGGCGUGCGGCGGUUGAGAAGGACUCGCGUUCUGAGUGGGUGCUGAGUCGCUUCAAGAACAUCAAGCCGACCAUGAACAUGCAGGAGUACCUGCGUGCCGCGCCCCGGCCCACCGCCGACAAGAGCAAGGAUUACAUCUAGGUAUUUAACUUCAAGACGUAGUCGUAGGCAAGCGAGGACCACAGAUAGUACUGCCGAGGUGCUAAAAAUGAGCCACGACUUAAUCCUUUUGCUCAUCUUUGUGCCAUCAGAUAAUUCAGACUUUCGUCACCAAGUUAGAGCUUUUACUUUUCUAGUUUGCCUCCUUAGAAGUUUGAAAAUAUUCGACAUGUCGUGAUGUCGUGCCGUUUCAGCUGCAGAUCAGACAAAGAGCAUACAGCAUGCUGAAGAUAUUAGAGUUUAGUUUCAGAUAGUCAGACACCGAAAAAAAAUGACCACCGAGUUGGAGUGCGAAACGCUUCACGAUGUAAAAUUCUCAGCAGAUAAUAACAGGCUUCUAUAAAUGGUUUCGUUGAAAUGAACACUUGAGUAUAUAUGAACAAUCAAAAUCAAUAUUAAUCAAACUUCUAAUUCUAUAGAUCAGUUUCAGUUAGAGAUGCUUCGGAGGCACCUCCAGAUGAGAUGAUUAUGUCAUUCUUUAUUGCGCAUCAGACGAGGAUAUUACCUUCUCCUGUUGUAGGAGAGUCAGUGAAAAAAUCUAUCCGGCAGAAGGAACACAAAAGCAGGCAUUGCAAGCAGGUUGCAGAUCAGACGGAAAGAAACGGAUAGCGGCAGAAGGAACAAACGAGCGUUUAGUAGACUAUACUACCGAGGACUGUGAAGCGAUUCGCAUCCCGAUUCGAUUCAGCAUCGUCCGCGUUUCUUGAACCUACCAAAACAAAAAAGCAACUUGAGAUCAGAUGAAAACUGCACGAAUUGUAGCUGAGCCCAUUUGUAUACACUAACACUCGUGCAGAUUCAACGAAAAGAACUUGGCCUGCAACUUGCUUUCGAAAGCGAAAAAUCUGACACUGACGCAAGCGAAAAUUAAAGGUACUAGCUGGCUCGUCUAGUGUCGACGUGGUGCGAUUUUCAUGCAUAAUUGUUCUCUCUUGCACAUGGUGGUUGAGAUGGGUACG